AUGUCACAGACCCCUCCGCACUCCAAAGCACUGGAAUUGUUUCGGGAGCGUGUUGUCUCUAGAUAUACUGUUGCCACCAAAGAUCUUCCCCGACCUGAGUCCGGUGUUGAUGUCACCGUCCCCGACCCAAGCGCCUCUCAAGUCUUCGUCCCCAAGUCUUCUGGUGACCCUGCCCUUACGGCCUUUGCCCAGCUAGGUGCCUUGCGGCUCGACGCAUCCCGUGCUUUGAUCUCUCUCAUCGACACCACUCACCAGUAUGUCCUGGCCGAGGCCACUAAGUCGCUCUCCUCGCAGUCGGACGAGCGCCAUGAUCUCAACGAUGGCCUAUGGAUCGGCAGCGUUGUUCUUCCGAGAGAAAGUGGCAUAUGCGAAGUUGUCUUGACCAGCGAUAAAAUCCACUCUACCAGAAAUUCCGAGGAGGGGCUUGCAGACAUCACAGACAAAGAUGAAAUCGUUAUCAUCCAAGAUUUGCGGCAAGAUUCACGCUACUGCAUGCGCCGCUAUGUGAAAGAUGGUCCGCAGCUACGUUUCUACGCUGGUGCUCCCAUUCGAAACGUUGGUGGCACAAUAGUCGGCGCUUUCGCUGUUCUUGAUGACAAACCUAGGCAAGGCCUACCUGCUUCCGAGAAGAUGUUCAUGGUCGAUAUGUCCAAGACAAUCAUGAAGCAUAUCGAGAGUAUAAGGAUUCAGGCAGAAUUCCAGCGUAGGGACAAGCUCGUUGUCGGGUUGGAGUCGUUCGUUCAGGGGCUGUCCGAAAUUCCUCGUUCUCAGCCCACCAACCCAAAUCAGAACGCCCAAGGCACAGUCGUCCAGGGAGUUCCCAUCACCGAAGAGGCCCUUCGGCAGAUCAGCCACGGUAGCGAUAUCAGUUCAAUGCGUUCGCUGUCCAUGUGGGAGAUCGCUCUUCCUAGUGGCUGCAAAUCUCUGUUUUCACGAGCAUCUAAUAUCAUUCGAGAAUCUGCUGGCUAUGAUGGGGUCGCUUUCUUCUACGUUUCUUCGAGUUCAAGCACUGGAAGCUCAUCUCGCCGCCAGUUUCAAGCCUCCGAGACUGGAGGCGAGAAAUCUCGAUAUUCUUCCACGUCCAGCACCAGCUCGGAGUUGAGCCAGUCAGCCCUACCUGCAAGCACUCCAGAUCCACACCAAUCAGAGAGUUCGUUCGAAGACCUUUCGGGCAACGAAGAAACUAACCUUGAUGGACUAAGCCCGAUCCUAGGAUUUGCCCUUAGUAAAACAGAUGAGCAGACACGACCAAGCGAUCAGACACGCUUCCCACGCUUUCGUCUUCGCGAUCUGCAGAAACUCAUGGGCACCCGGCCUCGUGGGCGGGUGUAUUUCCUCGACCGAUCAGGAUAUACCAUGCCAGGCGAUAGCUCAAGUUCAGGCUCCGGGGCAGACAUACCUGCAGGCAACCCUGGUGAAUCUCUUCCGCCGUUAACCACGGGACAGCCGGGCUCUGGGCAUUCAAAGAAGCGAUCUGCGCAAGUUAAUUCUCUUCUAAAGAUCCAUCCCCAAGCCCGGACUUUUAUCUGCCUACCACUGUGGGAUCAUAAUCGUCAACGCUGGUUCGCCUUUUGCAUAUGCUGGAUUGUAACACCGACCCGUGAUCCAACUGUGGAUGGCGACCUAAAUUUUAUGAGGAUAUUUUGUAACAACAUCACCAAUGCAUUAUACCAUUUGGAUACGCUUGAUUCAGAGGAGGCCAAAUCAUCAUUCGUUGCCUCGAUAUCCCAUGAGCUUCGCUCGCCGCUGCAUGGUGUGCUGGGUGCCACUAACUUUCUCUAUGACAGCGAGCUUAAUCGAUAUCAGCUAGAAAUGGUAGAUUCUAUCACAAAUUCAGGACGUACCCUCCUUGACACUCUGGAACACGUUAUGGACUUUACGAAAAUCAACAACUUCACGAAAUCAAAAUCGACUUCCUCUGACAACACGAAACUUGAGGACAAAAAGUCAUCUGCCACUUCAAGGAAGAACGAUAUUCGGCGAUCAAGUCUCACCACCAGUGUCGACUUGUGUGAAUUGGUCGAAGAGGUCGUGGAGGCAGUCUUCAUGGGUUUCACUUUUCAACACGAUUUCCUGUAUUCAGAUGAUACAUCUGAGACAGACCGUCCAAACCUUGUCACGCGACCGAGCGACUUGGCCAAUAGUCGUCGGUCACUUCACCAAAGAGGACGAGUCCGGCUAGCAUUGGAAAUUCCGCCUAUCGACAAUACCGUGGCUGCAAUACAGCCAGGGGCUUGGAGAAGAAUUGUCAUGAACAUUGUUGGCAACGCCUUGAAGUACACUAAUCAAGGGCUCAUUACCAUAUCCUUAACACUGUCAGCGUUUGAGGAUGAUCCGCAACAGUCAGGCGAACAAGGCCAAGAUGUGAUUACCCUGACUGUAAAGGAUUCUGGAAUAGGCAUGUCAAACGAAUUCUUGCAAAAUCGACUAUUCAAACCCUUUUCUCAGGAAGACUCCUUCUCCUCCGGCACUGGUCUAGGCCUCAGUAUAGUUGAUCAAAUCGUCAAAUCAUUGGGUGGUUAUGUAGAUGUUUCGAGUGCAAGAGGUUUAGGCACGACCAUCACUGUCUGUGCCAAUGCAUGUCGUGGUACGUCGCGGUCGAGGCGGUCAGAUCACGCGAGCCCCCAGGCUAUCGCAAAAUCAUUAUCGAAGCUCCACGUUACUGUUCUUGAGGAUACAAGCUCGAAGGCUUCCACAGCUAACCCUGAGGGCCAACGGGGGGCCGAGGCCGAAUUUUGCCGAAUUCUACUUUCCAACUUGAAUCGAUGGUUCGGGGUUGAGACCGCUAUCCAAUCCACCUGGAUUCAUGGAUCGGCCGAUUUGAUUAUCUGUCUGGAGCCAUCCUUUCGCCUGAUCGAAUCAAUUCGAUCACAAGCACGAGAUCAAGGGUCACCUGCCCCACCGAUUCUGGUCAUUUCUCACGAUGCUUUAGAAAUGGCUGUUCUUCGACGGGAUGUACGAAUUCAAAGUGAAGAGUCUGUCAUAGAAAUUACCCAUCAACCGCUUGGCCCACGAAAGCUUUCCAAGGCCAUCUAUCAAUGCCUUGAACGAUCUAGACUCUUGAGCCCCACACGCUCGCAGGAUUCAGUACCUACAGAUGAAAGCGCUGCACGGACAAUACCGACAUUGCAAUCAUUUCCCUUCCCGGCCGUUUCAAGUGGCACAUCACGAACGGCCGCUCCAGCUUCGAUCGCCAGCACCACCGAGGCAGCGCAGCAAGUGACCAUGCCUGCCGUGAAAAGUGAUUCCGUUCUUUGUGUGGACGACAAUUCUCUCAAUCGAAAGCUUCUUACGAACUUUAUCAAGAGCAAAGGCUUGACGCCUGUAGCGGCUUCUAAUGGUAAGGAAGCAGUCGAUCGUUUCAAAGCCGCCAAUGGGGCUUUCAAGUGCGUUUUGAUGGGUUAG